GCUCCAGAGAAGCCCCGCCGCUCGCUUGGUGAUGUCACCGCCUCCCUUCCCUCGCACUGUCAGGCUCCUCCUGCAGCCGCCGCCGCCGCCGCAGUGACAGCUGAGCCCGGGCUUCCUUUCGCGGACUGCCCUGCUCGGCGGCGUGUACAUUUGCAGGCAGGGAACGUCAGGGCUGCUCAGCGCCCAUCCCCGGGAAGGAGGGCUUGGUGCAGGGAAACAAACAUGGCUGAUGAUUUCGGUUUCUUCUCCUCCUCGGAGAGCGGAGCUGCCGAGGUCCCGGAGGAGGACCCAGCCGCUGCCUUCCUGGCUCAGCAAGAGAGCGAGAUCGCGGGCAUCGAGAACGACGAGGGCUUCAGCACGGCCGAAGGGGGCUUCGGAGACCCUCAGGCGACAGAGCAGCCAGUUGAUUUUGAGAGCACAGGGGCCACUGUGAAUGGAGAUGUGUUUCAGGAAUCCAAUGGACCCACAGAUGCGUAUGCAGCCAUUGCCCGAGCUGACCGAUUGACACAGGAGCCCGAGAGUAUUCGCAAAUGGCGAGAGGAACAGAAAAAGAGACUGCAGGAGCUGGACGCUGCUUCAAAAGUGUUAGAACAGGAAUGGCGUGAAAAAGCCAAGAAAGAUCUGGAAGAGUGGAACUUGCGGCAGAAUGAACAAAUGGAGAGGAACCGGGUCAAUAACAGGAUUGCUGACAAAGCCUUUUACCAGCAGCCAGAUGCCGAUGUGAUUGGCUAUGUGGCCUCGGAGGAAGCCUUUCUGAAAGAAUCCAAGGAAGAGACUCCAGGCACGGAAUGGGAGAAAGUGGCCCAGCUCUGCGACUUCAACCCCAAGAGCAGCAAGCAGUCCAAGGACGUGUCACGCAUGCGAUCUGUGCUGAUCUCCCUCAAACAGACUCCUCUGGCCCGCUAGCCUAGUGGAGGAGGGGCUGGGGCUGGAGUGAGGAUGCAGUUUACUCUUUUGCCAGCAGGUGUAGCUGCAGCACAACAGGCUUAGAGGGCCACCGGCAGGAGUCCUAAAGCAUCCCACUCCUGCCCCUUCCUCUCUUCAACCUUCACGUUACUCUGGCCUGUACCCCUCCCCUUGAUUUUACUUUGCUUAAAGGGUGCAUUGGUAUCUUUUUACACAUAUUUAUUAACUGUGUGGUUCCUUGGGCAGCAGCCCUCUUUGGUUCCUACACCUGCUGCCUUCAGGAAAAUCACUCCCUCUUUCACAGUGCUGGGAGCAUUCAUCUGCUCCCCUUCCACUGGUCAGAGGCCCAAGUCCCCUGAUCUCAUCUAACUUGGCAGAUACAGUAGAUAAAGUGCAAUUCAUCUUUUCUGGUACUUUGCACCAGGCCCAGAAGGCAACACUAAAUCAAAGGCAAGUACCAUUCAUAGGCCGAGUUUGAGGUUGCAAGCAGGAUGCCCGACUUCGAAUCCUAGAUCUGUUGUUGUUUCCCCCAGUGAUAAUGAUCAUUUUUUCUGACAGAGUUGGAACUCGCAUGCCAAUUGGAGUGCAACCUUGGUAACAAUAGAAGGUGAUGCCUAGCAGGAAGUAGGUUUCUUCAGGGCAAAGCAGGCAAAGGGGAGAAAGGCUAAUGAUGAAAACUCUAAACCUGGUGCCCUAAAAGGGCAUUGAAAUGGUUGACUGAGACGAAUACUGUAUGAAGUUGUGAAGAGUUGGGGGGGGGGGGGGAUGACCAAGCCAUUUCAGUAAGAUGUACUUCUACUGCAUAAGGCACUAUUUGUCCCUGCAAGAAGGUGGACCAGAAGGCAAAAUUUAUUUGGACCUAAGUAAUGAAAAAGGGGAAGAACCUCCUGUAGAGGUGGAAUGGGAGUAAAACUAUAACCCUCUCUAGGAAGAGGUUAUACCAUAUUUGCUUGAAUGCAGGGGCAUGAUAUGGGGUCCGCUGAGAUGCUUGCUUCCAAACCUUGUUCUUUUAAGUGAAGACAGGCGAAAGGAGGACACUGCUGUAUGUGAGAGACAGGAAGGAUGUUAGAAAUCUUUUAGGCACUUGAGUAAACCCCAAGCCAAUUCCUGCAUUACCCUCAGCCACAGAAUCAACAUAUCCUGUUCCAAUACCAUCACCUUUGUUUGGAAGCAGAUAUCCCCCACCUGAGCCAUUCAGUAUGUACUGGCCCUGGUAUAUACUGGUCCCCUCCGCUCCUUAUAUGAUCCAUCAGCCUAGCUAAGAAGCAGAUGGAGAAGAGUCACAAAAGAGGAGCUCUGCUCAGUGCUGUGUGGUCAGCAGGUGAUUUUUCUAGUAUUUGUUCCUAUGUUGCAGAUUCCUGCAGUUAUUCCUCCCCCCCCUUUUUAACUGAAGGGGAGCAGCAGAUUACUGCGGUUUCCCAUUUGGGCAUAUGCUGUGUUGCCAGGGUUCUCUCUGGCUCAUUUAAUAAAGGUUCUUUACCUUGAGUAAAUGUAAAGAAGGUAGUCUUAGUGGAAGCUUUAAAUCUUUUUUUUUUU